GAGAGGGGUGAGGGUCGGGAAGACUGGAGAGCUUUUCGCCGGCUUCCGGGCAUUCGGGGCGGCAUCGGAGCUGCAGACGUCGCUCUCGGGAACGGCAAACAUCGUCGACAUUCAGUAGAGUUUUCAAUAACCACUGCGAAAGUGGUACUUAUUGAAAUGUCGAGAAAAGUCCAAAGAAGCGAGGUGUGCGCAGACUGCAGUGCACCAGACCCUGGCUGGACCAGCAUAAAUCGAGGUGUCCUGAUCUGUGAUGAGUGUUGCUCUGUGCACCGGAGUCUGGGACGCCACAUCUCCAUCGUCAAACACCUUCGGCACAGCGGCUGGCCCCCCUCACUGCUGCAGAUGGUGCAGACCCUGGCCAGUAACGGUGCCAACUCCAUCUGGGAACAUUCCCUGCUGGACCCAGCGCAGGUGCAGAGUGGUCGCAGGAAACCUAACCCUCAAGACAAAGUCCACCCUACCAAGUCAGAAUUUAUCCGAGCCAAGUACCAGAUGUUAGCCUUUGUUCAUAAACUGCCCUGCCGAGAUGAUGACGGGGUUACAACCAAGGAUCUCAGUAAGCAACUGCACUCGAGUGUGCGGACGGGCAGUCUGGAGACGUGCCUGCGGCUGCUGUCUCUGGGAGCUCAGGCCAAUUUCUUUCACCCGGAGAAAGGUACCACACCCCUGCACGUGGCAGCCAAAGCAGGGCAGAUAUUACAGGCCGAGUUACUGGUUGUGUACGGGGCCGACCCUGGUGCUCCAGACAUCAACGGCCGCACACCUAUGGACUAUGCCAGGCAAGCAGGGCAUGUGGAGUUGGCGGAACGUUUGGUUGAGUGUCAGUACGAGCUGACGGACAGACUGGCCUUCUACCUGUGUGGCCGACGCCCAGAUCACAAGAAUGGGCAUUAUAUCAUUCCUCAGAUGGCAGACAGCAGCCUGGACCUCUCAGAACUGGCCAAAGCCGCCAAGAAGAAACUCCAAGCGCUAAAUAACCGUCUCUUUGAGGAGCUGGCCAUGGACGUUUACGACGAGGUGGACCGCAGAGAGAAUGAUGCUGUGUGGCUUACGACUCAGAACCACAGUACGCUGGUGACGGAAAGGAGCGCGGUGCCCUUCUUGCCCGUCAACCCUGAAUAUUCGGCCACACGCAACCAGGGCCGGCAGAAGUUGGCGCGUUUCAACGCCCGGGAGUUUGCCACCCUCAUCAUAGACAUCCUGAGUGACGCUAAGAGGAGACAGCAGGGGAAGGGUCUUACCAGUCCCACCGGUGAGCAGUGGAGCGUAAAUCCGUCCUUAAUGAGACACAGUGAUAGAGCUAACCUGAGCCAACCAGAUGACGACCAACACGAUUAUGACAGCGUAGCGUCUGACGAAGACACGGACAGUGAGCUCACUACGCAGAAUAACAGCAACACUCAACGCAACAACCGUGCUAAGAGCAUGGACUCGUCGGAUCUGUCGGACGGACCCAUCACUCUGCAGGAGUAUCUGGAGGUGAAGAAGGCUCUGGCCUCAUCUGAAGCCAAGGUCCAGCAGCUUAUGAAGGUGAACAACAACCUGAGUGAGGAGCUGAGGAGGCUGCAGAAAGAGAUCACGCGGAUGCAGAUGGAGAACAGUGCGUUGCGGGGGGGCCAGGCAGGGGGUGCCGGGGGUUUGGGCAGCGGCGGCGGAGGCGGAGUCGGGGGUUACCCCGGGAUGUGGUCCGGAGGGGUGAGGGGGGUAGGAGGAGGGUUAGGCGGAAUAGGUGUCGGAGGAGAAGGGGGUAGUGGGACGGACUCUAGCCUGGGCGUCCCCUCCUCGACAACCCCUCUCCGAAGGGACAGGCAGGCCUUCUCCAUGUACGAGCCUGGUUCCGCCGCUCCCAAAACCCUCUCCCCUGCUCUGGACUCCCUGGCCGGCCGCCUGCAACCCCUCAGCCCCAGUGUGCGAAAGGGGGCACCUGCAGCCCCUUCUCCGUAUGGUGGACACCACCUCUCAGGGUCCACUGAGGUGGGGAGGUACAUGGUCCCUAAAGUGGAGAAGCAUGGUAGUGGCACAGACAGCGAUUAUGACAACACUCAAACAUAUGACACAUCUCUCGGGGUGGGGCGUAGCAGUGAGGAAGAAGGCAGGGGAGAGCUGGAGGAUGAGGGUGGAGAACCCGACCCCACCCUGCCCUGUACCGAGGAUGUCAUUCUCAAGACAGAACAGGUGACCAAGAACAUCCAAGAGCUUCUGAGAGCCGCCCAGGAGUUUAAACACGAGAGUUUUGUGCCGUGCUCAGAGAAGAUCCACUCAGCUGUCACAGAAAUGGCUUCACUCUUCCCUAAAAGGCCGGCUCUGGAUGCUGUACGCUCCUCUCUGAGGUUGCUGGCGGCCAGCGCGUCCCGCCUGCAGGUAGAGUGCCGUAAGGCCGCGCCCUCUGAGCCGUCUGCCACCACAGUGGACUACCAGCUCCUCACGCAGCAGGUCAUCCAGUGCGCCUAUGACAUCGCCAAGGCUGCCAAGCAACUAGUCACCAUCACUACCCGCGAGAAGAAACAGUGACCACUGCAGGGCGAGGGGGCACCGAUGGGCAGGGGAAAGACAAACAGACAGGUGGAGAGGGAGGAGACGGGGAAUGCUCGGCACAAAGGAGGAGGUGUGAUCGGAGGGGUGUGAAUCAGAUGAAGAAUGGAACAUGAGAAAAAGGAAAAAAAAAUACAAUGCUACGCAAUCGAGAUAAAGGAAGACACAGAAUUUAAGAUGGAGGAAAUGAAUGAAUGGAGACAUGUAGGGAAUGAAGGAAGAGGGUCUGGUGAACGAAAGAGGAAAAAAAACAAGCAAAACAGAACAAAACAAACAAAAAGAGAACAGAAAAAUAAAAGCUACAAGCAGCUACAUUAGCACCAACGCGGAAAGACGGUGAACACACGGGAGAAAUACAACGGAAUGGCUCUUAUCAUCUCACUCAAUCUCUUAUUGCUCUUUGUUGUUCUUUGGUAACGGGGGCUCUGUCUUCUACAUCUCCUUGACAAACACAUACACAGACACACAAACAUGCACACACGCAGAGACAGACGCACACAUAUACGCGCACACACACACUCUCGCAGUGUUGUGCUGGUGACCUCUGAGCAGUUUGACUGUAGCUCCUCUGGCUCUCACACACACAAAACACACUCCCAGCUCCAUCCUUAUAAACCAGGCUUCAGUCAGUCCCCUGACAGCAUGGAAUAUGCCUACCUUUUCAUCUUUUCUUUCCUCUACUUCUCCAAGUAGU